AUGGCGCAGUAUCAGGAGGAGCAAGUCCGUCGGCGAUAUGAAACAGCUAAUCCUCUGGUCCACCGAGUUGAGUCUAGAAAGCCAUGUUGCGGUCCCUCUACUUCGGCACUGAAUCAGAUUCAGCAACAGCAACAGAAGCUGGAGCAUUUGCGUCGCGACCGCCAGGUAGGCGGGGGACGAUCUGUCCGUGUGUAA